CUAGAAAUAAGAACUUUAAAUUGAACAGAACAAGCGCACUCUUUAUCUGUCUACUUUUUCUUUCUUAUAAAAAUUAAAAGUUAGCAUUUCUUGCGUUUAGGUGUGAUGUGAUUUCUUCUAAUCAACAGCUGUCAACAGCUCAUAUCAGCUCUCGCUGUAAGUGCGGUGAGUCCUACAUCAUAUCAAUCGUGAAAAAAACACUUUAACUCUUUAUCCGAAUCAAAGAAUUACAGGUAUUCACGUAUUAUCAAAAAGUAUACUCCAAAACCAGUGCAAAAAGUGUAAAAACUGAAAUUACUAAACUAAUUAAUGAGAAAAACUUGAGAAAUAAAAAAAAAAUAAUUUUUGUGUAUCGAACAUAACCUCCAAAGGAGAUCUGUCAUCUGGCAAGCCUACUACGCAAUCUCCGACAGGAUUAUGCCCAUUCACUUAUCGAGCAGUCCUUGCUUCUUAUGCUUUUUAUCGAAUCAGUAAUAAAAUCUUUUUUUUACGCAAGGUGCCGCCUACUUUGAUUCUUCGAUAACGUUUUCUAUAUAAUAAAACUACUCUGCGGCUUUUUCAUAGAAGCACAGAAUGUCCUAAACCACCGACGAGUCAUCGCGAGUGCUUAUCGCGAUCCAAGAAUUCUUGGAUUAACGAUAAAUACAAAGGAUAACCGUGGCUAUCAGUUUCGCGAGGGCGCGAGGCCGUGACCCUGAGCUCGAUUCGCGACUAAAGUCAGUAAGUAAAGUUAGUUGAGUAGCAGACAUCUAGAAUUCACAUCAUCGGACAAGUUAUUAUACCAAUGUGUGUAGACAAAAACGACGAGGAAAUGAGAAAUCACUACUACGUGCCAAAGCAUCUCAACUCCAUCAUCCGUAGCCUCUAAUAAGAGAGAAUUUCCUCAUUUUCUCAUUGUCCUCAAAUCUCGUGGCAUGAACACUUCGCCCUGAUUUUUUUAUCUCUCUCUCUCUCAAAAAAGGAAAAAAACUGCUCUCGAAAGGGAGAGAGGCUCUGUCUGUACAUAUCCAAGUAGUAAAUUAAAAGGUGGUGUAGGUAGCGCGACGCGCGAGCAUCCAAUAAAGGAAUAUAAGAACAAGUGUCUAUAGUCAUUCAGCACCCGGGAAGGAGCGCGUCACGAUACGGAAAGAAAUUGCGUUAAUUUGGCUCCAAAUCGGGCUCCGUCCAGGGUCCGUAUUACUUUUUCAUCCUAAAUAAUUGAAACGUUUUUUGUCAUCAUCUCCGAGGACUUUUCCAUCGUUUGCUGUCAUUUUUGAAUCAGUGCAACCUGUCACUAUUUCGGAACGGACCGGGCGGACUAGCAGCUGGGGCACAGGACCUCCAGGUUGACCGUCUGGGAAAGGCAGUCCGUCGAAAACUCUCGAAAAUGCCGCUUUUCGGUAAAAAAGACUCUAACAAGAAGCUCAAAAAGGAUGGAAAGGAUGACAAGUCCCCCUCCGUCGAUGAAAAGUAUACUCUCAAGGAGCUACUUGGCACGGGAGCAUUUUCGGAGGUAAGAUUGGCAGAAAGUAAAGACAAGCCCGGACAGAUGUUUGCAGUGAAAAUAAUCGACAAGAAAGCGCUCAAGGGAAAAGAAGAUUCCUUAGAGAAUGAAAUCAAAGUUCUGCGAAGGUUAAAACAUCCGAACAUUGUUCAGUUAUUGGAAACGUUUGAAGACAAACACAAAGUUUACCUCGUGAUGGAAUUAGUAACCGGUGGAGAACUUUUCGACAGAAUUGUAGAAAAGGGUUCUUAUACGGAAAAAGAUGCUUCGGGCUUGAUUAGGCAAGUUCUAGAGGCGGUAGAUUAUAUGCAUGAACAGGGAGUUGUACACAGAGAUCUGAAACCUGAGAACCUACUCUAUUAUAGUCCCGAUGAAGAUAGCAAAAUAAUGAUCAGUGAUUUCGGUUUAUCGAAAAUGGAAGAUUCCGGAAUCAUGGCCACAGCCUGUGGUACUCCAGGAUACGUAGCUCCCGAAGUAUUGGCGCAAAAACCAUACGGUAAAGCAGUAGAUGUCUGGAGUAUAGGUGUCAUCUCAUAUAUCUUAUUGUGUGGAUAUCCACCCUUCUACGAUGAAAACGACGCCAAUCUGUUUGCCCAGAUUUUAAAAGGUGAAUUUGAAUUCGAUUCGCCAUACUGGGACGAUAUCAGUGACUCUGCUAAGGACUUCAUACACAGGCUUAUGUGUGUCAACGUGGAAGAACGUUACACGUGCAAGCAGGCUCUCGCACAUCCUUGGAUAUCUGGAAACGCUGCUAGCAAUAAAAAUAUCCAUGGUACUGUAUCGGAACAACUUAAAAAGAACUUUGCCAAGUCAAGGUGGAAGCAAGCAUAUCACGCGGCCACGGUCAUUCGUCAGAUGCAACGGCUAGCCCUCAACAGCGGACAACAGCAGCAGGGCCCAGGGUCGACCGGCCGCUCUACCGGCAGCCUCAUGCCGCAGCCGGAUCAAUCGCAAGCCAACCCCAAUCGUCAUCACAGAACCCCGGGGCCACCGACCAACUACAAUUGAAGAUUAAUUCCGAGCCACCAACAACUCUACCCAACUUGGUGGCUUCAAAUUCUCCUUU